AUGAUGGCUGGCAGUGAGACUCUUCGGGCACUGAGACUGCUGUCGCGCAGCUCAGGGGGCCUUUUAUCCGGGGCUGAGAAUGCGACGCGACGAUGCCUUGUACGAUCCAUGGCAACAGAGGCUCAAGCCAAUCCUGCCACCUCUCCCAACCUCGCCAACUCAUCGCCGCUCGCUCCGUGGGACACACCCGUCACAGUUAUGACCUACACCUUUCCAUCAAUGGAGCCCGCUCAAUUGGUGAACUACACCCAGAAACAACUAAAUAUGCCGAUCCGAAAAGAUAUUCUUCACCGCGCUGUCGUAUACGAGGGUGACAUGACCCGGCAAGGUACCGCUAGCACGAAGUGGAGAGACGAGGUGCACGGUAGUCACAGGAAGCUCCUGCCCCAAAAGGGUUCUGGCCGUGCUCGUGUCGGUGACAAACAAUCACCAAUUCGAAAGGGAGGUGGUGUUGCCCACGGACCUCAUCCUCGCGACUUUUCGACUGAUCUGCCCGGGAAGAUCUACGACCAAGCCUGGCGCAUUGCCCUGAGCUACCGGUUCCAGCGCGGCGAACUGGUCGUCAUCGACAACAAGAUCUCGCUCCCCGAAGACUCGACACCAUUUUUGAUGCAGAAGAUCCUUGAGGGUAACGGAUGGAGUACCAAGAAGGGCCGGUCAACAUUCAUCACGGAAGAGGUGGAUGAUGACUUGUUCUGGAAGAUUAGCAAAUUGAACCGCUAUGCGACCAUUAUGGACCGCAAUGAUGUGGACGUGAAGAAUCUGUUGGAGACCUCGAGAUUGAUCAUUGAGAGGACUGCGCUGGACCGGAUUUUUAAGGCCCACUCGCGGGAUCUGGAUAUCAAGCCUGCCAAAGCACGAUACUAA